CUUGCUUAAAAAUUACCGCAAUGCUAUUCAGAUAAACUAAUAGAUUGUAUUAAUGUGGAUGUGUGUAUGUUUACAAUUUACUGAGUACACAUAAAUUGCAAUUAGUAAGCCCAAAAAUUAUUACAAUUUUUCAGAGCUGAUGUCAGCAUGAUGUCAAAAACAUCUAUAUACUGUGACAUGAAUGCAGUUGUAUUGAACUGGACCCAGUAACUCCUCAGAUGAACUGCUAGAAUAUUUGAAUGUGUUUUACAAAACAUACCAAUUGUUGUCGAGCCACUAUAUUUCCACCCACAACAGGGUACGUUGUUCCUAAAACUGUUGCUGUUAAUGGAGAGUACCCAAUGUAUUUUCUGUAGUCUUGUAAUCUUUUAUCGUUCUGUGAAUAUUUUCUAAAGUUUAUUGCAACCGUUCUUACAGGCACGCAACACGUGCAUGCAGCCGUAUCAGCAGAAUUUCUAUGAUCGUCAUCACGAUAAGCAUUUUGAGAAGUGUAAAUGUAAAUUUUCAUUUUUAUGUUUACCCCGCUUUGUCUGGGAUGAAGGUUGUACAAAUUUCCCCAAUGUCAAAUUCUGAAGCGGUGGGUUAACUCCAUUGAUUAGUCACAAAGAUUUUUGUUUCGCGUUACAAGGCAUCAUCAUUACGGCAAGCCAAGCGUGACAGGUAAUUAAUGCAUCCACGAUAAAUGGACAGAUGUGUCCGUGAAAUGUGAUCUGCCCCAUUAUUGUAUUUCUUUGUUCGGACCUGUGCAGCUCGAGGGAAAGCUAAAUUGGCCAAAAGAAAAGAUGACGUUUGUUUUGUUGUUCUUCAUGAGUGGUUUUCUGCAUGUGGCUGCAGGCUCUGCCCAAUAUGAACUCAAUCAACUGGCUUCAAAUAUGGAAAUAAGGUACGAAGUGCUGAAUAACCUAAUCAAGGUUCCAAAUGGAUCAACUCCCGUAUUCCUGGCACAAAUAACUAUUGCUAACAAAGGGAGUACUGCCAUUGAACACGGCAAUUGGUCUGUGUAUUUCUGUAGUAUUCGCAUGCUGGAAUCACGGUAUUUGAAGCAUAACCCCUCGGGGUAUGUAAUCCCAGGGAACAGUGGAAUCAGAUUUACCCAUAUCGACGGGUGCCUCGUCAAAUUCGAGACAACGAGCGACUUCAAAGAGAUAGCAGCCGGCGAUUCUCUUACAUUCAAAUUCAAGGCAAAUGCUUGGUCUGUUGCGCGCACUGACGUCAUGCCAAGAUGGUUCAUAACCGCUGAAGGUUUGAGCCCGCGUGUUAUUAAGAACACAAACGACGAAGAGCUGAAGUUUGUGGGGAACUUUGACACCAAAGAAAAAUGGAAGCGUUCUACUAAAGACAUAUACAAUCCUUACACGCCUGAGCAGCGUUACAAAAAAGACUUUGUUUCGGAUUUAAUGGGUGCCACUUAUGACGUCAUUCCAACCCCUGUCUCGGUCACACUGGAUGAAGAGAGUGGUGUAAAAAUUACGUCGCAGUGGACAGUUUACAUCCAGGCAGGACUCGAGAAUGAAGCUGCCCCUCUUGAAGACAAGCUCGGUCUCAAGGUCUCGACUUCUACACCAAAAGACACUAAAGCUAUAAAGCUCCUCAAAGGAGAUAUUUCUGUGCCUGCAAAAGACAGUCAGCAGUUUCCAAGCCCAGAUGAGUCCUAUAGUCUCGAAGUAGACUCUUCCAAGGAACUCAUCACUAUCACAGGCAAGGGCUCAGCGGGUGUGUUCUAUGGCGUACAGACCCUUUUGGCCUUAAGGAACUCUGAAGGCAGGGUCCCUAAAGCGUCCAUUAAGGAUGCACCAAGGUAUUCUUAUCGUGGUUUACACCUGGAUGUGGGCCGUAAUUUUGUAGCUAAGGAUCACGUGUUCAAGUUAUUAGACACCAUGGCGAUGUACAAGCUAAACAAGUUUCAUUUCCAUCUCACUGAUGACGAAGGGUGGAGACUGGAGAUUCCGGAAAUCCCAGAACUUACAGAGGUGGGAAGUAAACGUUGUUUUGAUUUGAAAGGUACCCGGUGCAUCUUACCACAACUCGGCUCAGGCCCUAACCCGUCUAAUUCGGGAUCAGGCCACUACACGGUCAACGACUACAAGCAGAUACUUAGAUAUGCAAAAGCUCGUCAUAUCCAGGUCAUCCCCGAAUUCGAUAUGCCAGGUCACGGAAAUGCCGCCAUUAAAGCAAUGGAGGCACGAUAUCACAAAUUAUUAGCCCAGGGAGAUAAGGCAGGAGCCGAAAAAUAUCUCCUGUACGAUAUGAAUGACACAUCGCAAUAUCUUUCCAUUCAACAUUAUACAGGCGACGCCAUUAAUCCUUGUAUGGAGUCAACGUACACUUUUGUAUCCGAUCUAGUUAAAGCUGUCGUUGGCUUUCACAAAGAUACACAACCGCUGACCAUAUUCCAUUUUGGAGGAGACGAGGUAGCUCGCGGUGCAUGGACCAAUUCCACCGAGUGUGAAAAACUUGUGCAGAGCCUGGGACUCAACAAAUCUGGAGAUGAUAUCGUGGAAAAAUUGAAAGAAUAUUUUGUUCAGCGCGUCUCUAAUAUAACUGCCGAUCACAACCUUGAUCUUGCGGGAUGGGAAGAUGGCCUGAUGAGCCAUCUAAAUGAUCCAUAUGCCAGGAGGUUGAUAAAGAAUAAUCGAGUGUAUGGCUACACAUGGAACAAUGUUUGGGAGUGGGGAAGUGGUAAACGAGCUUAUGUACUAGCAAACGCUGGUUAUCAGGUGAUUAUGUCCCAGGCCACUCACUUGUAUUUUGACCACCCUUACGAACCUGACCCGGAGGAGCGUGGAUUCUACUGGGCGACACGCUUCACUGAUACUCAAAAAACGUUUGGUUUUCUUCCGGAUGACCUGUAUGGGAAUAUAGAAACUAAGAGAAGCGGUGAACCGCUGACUAAAGCGAAAGUAUGUGAGAAUGCUGAAGAUGAGAAUGCUGACAAUUGCCCUGACUUGAAGAAGAAAGAAAAUAUUGUAGGAAUGCAAGGCCAUCUGUGGACAGAAACAGUAAGAACCUCUGACCAAAUGUACUCCAUGAUCUUCCCUCGUUUGUUGGCACUAGCGGAACGUGCUUGGCAUAAAGCAUCAUGGGAAAGGAUCACUAACAAAAAAGAGAGAGACGCCAAAAGGAAGGAAGACUGGAAAGUGUUUGCAAACAAAGUCGGGUACAGUGAACUGGGUCGACUAGACAAGAUGGGUGUUGUUUAUCACCUGAAACCGCCUGGAGUACGUGUUGACGAAGGCAUAGUUGAGAUCACGAAUGCAUUUCCAGGACUUAAAUUCCAGUAUUCAACCGAUGGUGAAUCGUGGUAAAAUGUUGAAGAUGUUUCCAAAUUAGGAGGAAACAUUUAUCUUCGAACAAGUUCCGUGGAUGGCCGACAUCAUAGCAGAGCAGUUGUGGUAAAUUUUCCAAAUCCCGUGAACUGUUCUUAUUUUAUGACUUCGCAUCUUUCCUUUCUUGUCGCUGUUAUUGUAAUCGUAAUGUUCUGGAUGUGGACGUAACCGUUAAGAUCAAUUCUUGCCUCAUCACACCCGUAGAACUAUGAACUAUAAACUACGAACUAUGAACUAUAAACUACGAACUAUGAACUAUAAACUACGAACUAUGAACUGUGAGAAAAUAUAUCUGGUGACAAUCGACGCCAAACGAUUUUUAUAGACUAAUUACGCCCGCUGCGUCGUUGGCAUGGCAUCCUCUUACAUACACUAUGGAGCGUUUGUAUAGCAAGUUAUUCGCGCCUUUGUAUAAUAGGAAAUAAAUAUUAUCCCAGGUGUGCCAGUGA